AUGGUUGCAAAAAAUUCCUCAACAGAUUCGCCCAAAUUAGAAGAUGCAACCCAAUCAUUGAUUGCAGUAGAAAGCAGUUCAACAUCAGAUCCCUGCGAGUGUGUGAAUUAUUAUUUGUGCCCAAAUAAAACGCUCAACACUAACGGAGAAGGAAUUAUUGAUGUAAGAAUAAACGACUGCGGAUCUUAUCUAGAACAAUGCUGCCCCAAUGGUGAAGUAAAACCACCGCCCGCCCGCUUACCACCCUCGCCAACAGGUUGCGGCUUCCGUAACUCCAAAGGAGUCGGUUUCAAAAUCAAAGGUGCCACCAACGGAGAAGCAGAAUUUGGAGAAUUCCCUUGGAUGAUAGCCGUCUUUCACAGAAUAGCACUGGACGAAAAAAGUAUCCCGGUUUAUCAGUGCGGCGGUGCCUUAAUCCACCCCCAAGUCGUCCUAACAGCCGCCCAUUGCGUCAUAGACAAAGACAACCUCAAAAUUCGAGCAGGAGAAUGGGAUACGCAAACCAAAAAGGAGCAGUACCCGUUCCAGGACAGGGACGUGGCAGACGUGAUGAUCCAUCCAAAAUUUCAACCUGGACCUUUAUUCAACGACAUCGCUUUACUGUUCCUGGAGACUCCAGUGGACGUGGCCCCCCACAUCGGCGUCGUGUGUUUGCCACCCCCUGAUCUAAUUGUGAAUGACAGCAGGUGUUUUACAACCGGAUGGGGGAAGAAUAAUUUUGGUAAGGAAGACAUGUAUCAGGUGAUUCUCAAGAAGGUUGAUUUGCCGGUGGUACCAAGCGAUACAUGUCAGGAGUACUUGAGGAAUACCAGGUUGGGGAAAUAUUUUAACCUGGACGAAAGCUUCGUUUGCGCUGGAGGUGAAGAAGGAAAAGAUGCGUGUACUGGUGACGGAGGUAGUCCCUUGGUUUGUCCCAUUGAGGGAUACCCAGAGAAGUAUGUUCAAGUUGGAAUUGUGGCAUGGGGUAUUGGAUGCGGCCAUCUUAUGAUUCCUGGCGUCUAUGUGAAUGUAAAUUUGUUUAGAAGGUGGAUCGAUGAAGAGCUGACUAGCAGAAAUUUUGAUAUAAGCGUUUAUCAGUACUAA